AUGAAGAUUGUUACUUGGGACACAAGAGGCUUAGGGGAUUCUUCAAAAAGACUACUUCUGAAAAGAUUUCUGAAAAAAGUCAAUCCGGAUAUUGUCCUUAUUCAAGAAACAAAAAAAGACAGAAUUGAGGGCUCCUUUAUCAAAAGCCUUUGGAGCUCAAAAGAGGUAGGAUGUGCCUUUGUUGAAGCUAAAGGAAAAUCGGGAGGAUUACUCACAGUGUGGGAUGACAGCAAAAUUCUAGUUUCCAGCAUCUCGAAAGAUGAAUUCUCUCUUUCAAUCAAGUGUCAAACAAUAAACAAAAAGAUUUGCUGGAUUACAAAUGUCUAUGGCCCUUGUGAUUAUCAAGAAAGGAGAAGAUUGUGGGCUGAAUUAUCCUCUCUGGCUGAGAAAUUAGAUGAUCCCUGGUGUAUUGGUGGGGAUUUCAACAGCAUUCGAAGAAGACAUGAGAGAUACCCAGUAGGAAAGGCAACGAGGGAUAUGAAUAAUUUCAACAAGUUCAUCAGGUUAAACAAUCUGCUGGAAAUUCCACUCUCAAAUGGCCAAUUCACAUGGUCUAAGGAAGGAGAUGUUGUUUCCAAAUCUCUGAAGAUGUUUUUGAUAAUUCAAGGGUUGCAAGACAAGCUAGAGCCAUGUCGAUCACUUUCCUCUUACCUUAGUAGGAGCAUUUGA